AUACGCGUUCUGGUAUAUUACCAGUAUUAUAUCUGUACGCUGGUUAUCUGGAUACCGACUGUCGAUUGGAAAAAAUGUACAAUUUUCAUUUUUAUCGAUAACCAAUAAAAAUCAGUACCCCGGAGGGGGGAAACCACGGGAACUGGACCGUGUAUGUUUACAUUCGUACAGUCAAAAAAGUUGAAUGAAAAUAUUUAAAGAUAAAAGACAUGCGGACGUACUCAGGGUUUUGUGAUUUUUGCGUAAACCCCGACGAUAAAAAUCCGCAAACUAUUCGUCAGAUAUUGUUACAACUCUACCGCCUGGGCUACGAAACAGUGGCGAUUAAUCAAACGGUAGAUGAAUCGAUAUUUGAGAACGAAAAGAAAAAAAAGAAAAAAGGCGCUGAUAAUGAAAUAAAGUCCACGUUACCUGAACCGUUCAACUUAACCGAACUGAAAAAUGAGUUUGCAGAUAAAUUGGUUAUUUUGAGUCGAAUAACUUUUGUUUUUGGUGAUUCAUCAAAAAUACACACUCUAACGCAGUCUCAAAUUCUCAAAAAAUAUGACCUUUAUGGACUAGUGCCAAAAACUCAAGCAGCGCUCCAAUUUGCUUGUUCUCAAUCCAACGCCGAUAUUGUAACUUUGAAAUCGUGCUAUUCCGGAUUGAAGUUCAAUAGGAAACUUUAUCUUCAGGCUGUUGAGAGAGGUGUACAUUUUGAGAUACAAUACGCAGACGUCGUCAAUGAAUCAACAAGAAAAUAUGCUCUGCAUUAUUCACAUCUUUUUUAUAUAUUUGGUAGAAGCAGGAACGUAAUAAUAUCCAGUGGUGCGACGAACCAUAGUUUAAUCAGAAAUCCGUAUGAUGUAAUAAAUUUAGCAUUCCUGUUAGGCCUGAACGAGACAAAAGCCAAAGCUUCGGUGCUCGCUCAAUGCAAACAUCUUUUGCUGAAAGCCGAAGGAAGACGUUACGGCAAAGCGGUAUUCGCUAUUUAUACGAAUGUUGAUGAAUCUGAAACUGGAGAACAAUCGGCUGGAUACCAAUCGAAUAAGAGAAAAAAAAUUUCUUAACAUUUACGAGACUGAUGUUGUUAUAAAGCCUAUACAUUAUUGGAAGAACCCUGAUGAACAAAUAUGCUCGUUCGGUAUGAACCUUUGGAACGCGUAUGUGGGUAACGAGUAGAACGAAUACUUUAGAUGAUCUCUAAAAAACUUAAAUGAAAACUAAAAUUACAAUAUCUAGAAAAAUAUACUAGCCAUAUUGCAAAUACCUAAAAUGUAUCUGUCUACUUUCAAUUUUUGUGAGUUUUUAAAGAAAAAUUGUAUCAAACGAAUUUUAGGAAUUUUUGUCUGAUAAAAAAUGUUGGAAUUCAGUAGUGCUCAGUAUUAAAGGCACUGAUGAGAGUGUUGCAAUAUAAAAUACAAUCUUUGGUUUGAAAAGCAGGAUAAAGGCGUCGUGAAUUUUUGUUUUUUUUUUUUUUUCAAUGGGAUUAUUUAUCGAUGAGUUAGAUAUAUUGACAAGAACGAAUGUUCUGUAUAUUUCGCAGUUCAGCUCCACGGUUUUAUUUGAUUCUCGUAAUUAUCGUGUUUUUGUUUUCAUCAUUUUAUUUUAUGAUUAACCAACAUUUAGAACUUACAUGGUUAUGCUGUAAUUAUCUACAUAAUUAUUGGAGAGUACAACAAAAAAUUUAAUUUAUAAAUUUAUUUUUCAUUAUAUUACAUUGGAUUUAUUUUUCAAGAUCAGGAUUUUAUCAGGAUUGAAUCUCCGUUUAACUCUUGAUAAACAUACAGUUUUAGAGUUUGUUUCAUCAAUUGUUUAAACUGCAAUGCACUCGUUAAUGAAUAAACCCUUAGGGAGGAAGAGGGUCUGGUAUCUCUUUGUACUAAGACUAUCGAAUAAUGGUUGAUUAUGAAUAAAGUGGAAAGCUCGAGUUCCACAGAACACAGAUCCUGUAGUGUUGGACAAACUCCUGCACAAAGUGCAGCGUGAAAUUCGUCGCUCUUGUCCACUUUUUUGCUUCAUUUUUCAUAUGAUUUAUUUUUGUGGAAGAGAUACAUUUAUUCUAGGGAUUGUGGGGGUGUUUCUGUACGAAACAUCAAUUUCAGUCUUGGGAGUAGGAAGCAUAAUGUAUUAAUCUAAGAUGUCUGUGCCUGAUCCGGGUUUCUUAUCCGAAACGCUGUUUUUCAUUCUUCAUAAAUGACUUGAAUUAAUUUAAUUUUUUUUCAUUAAUUCAGCAUUACCAAUGGAAAAAUUUAAAACAAAAAUGGAUUCUUGCAUGCAAUAUUCGUACGAUAGAAAAAGCGGAUGAAAAUUAUCUGAAUUUCUCAAAGUCAAGUAAAGUUGAAGAGAGCGGUGGCGGUCGAGAGGACAUCGAAGAUUCGUAUUUAUGCUACUGCUGGAUCGCAAAGUUGCGCGGUUCGAAGAGAAGGAUUGAGGGUCGAAAGGAACGAUAGAUUUGAGAAGCGUUUUUCGUUGCAUCCCUCGAAUAAUUCUCGACACAUCGAUACUCAUGGUAUUAGCGAAAAAUCAAUUGAAGAAUCAAGUUUGAUGGUAAAUGAAAAUAAAAACAAACGUGUAUAUACAUAUAUACCUUUCUAGGGGCAAUAAUAUCGCAGUAUUUGAAACAAUAAAACAAAAUGUCAUCAAUAGCAUAAUAGUGAAGAAUUCAAUAAGAUGUGUAAGUUCUAGAAUAAUUCUAAUUGUACUUUGGUGUGAAACGCUCUCCAAUCGAACGUUACAACACCGGUGCUUGAAGUCGCGCUUUUUAUUAUUCAUUUUCCUCAUUCCCUGUAUUCUCAUUUCGCGGAAAUGGUGAUAAUAAUUAUUUGCCAGACUGUCUUAUUGAGGCACACGCUUUGUGAAACACAGACCUCAUUCGGUGGGACGAUAUUCUUAUUUAUACGGCGAUUCGAUUGGAGAAUUUGGAAUAUCAACCUGAAUGUGUACUUAUGAAUGAUGCCGUAUCCAAUCUUCUUUCUAGCUCUCGAUGCAUUAUAAUUGAACCCAAACGGUGCUACUUAUUUCGCGAUUCGAUCCAACCUACCGUAGACAUUAUUGUUUUCAGUUUUCAACGUUGUUCUCGAUCGUAAAUCAUUUGGAUUUCGAUGACAUACAAAAUGAUCUUCAAUCGGAACUACUGUUGAGAAAUUUCCACAAUAAUUCUCAGCUUUUCUUUCAUACGAAGGAACGAACCCACACAAUCAUAUGUACACAUUUAGGGGCGAACUCCGGAUGUUACGGAACGAGGAUUGUGACAGUUUAUUUGUUUAUGUCUGCUGACAACAUUGUGUUUUACCUUUCGUAAAUCAAGCAACUAAUAAUUUAUCAGCGUAUACAAUCAUUGGCAAUUCGAGACACAUGGACACGACUCUCGCCAAAAUGUCAUUCAUCCCAAAUCCGUAAUUCGAUCGAACGAAAAAGACUAGCUGUAAGUACGAGCCUCAAAUAAGCAUUCGAAAAAAAAGAAAAAAUAUAUUUGAGGCCGAUCUAACGUAGAGUAAAUAUACACAUAUACUGAA